AUGGAUCAUAUCAAUCACACCUGGACCCAGAGUUUUACCCUUGCUGGUUUCACUACCACUGGAAACCUGCAACCCCUUGUCUUCUUCGGUGCCCUGUGCAUCUAUCUCCUCACCCUUGCUGGGAACUUAUUCAUCAUCCUCCUGGUUCACGCAGAUUCAGGACUGUCCACACCCAUGUACUUCUUCAUCAGUGUCCUCUCUUUUCUGGAGCUCUGGUACGUCAGCACCACGGUGCCCACACUGCUGCAGACCUUGCUCCAUGGGUGUUCACAGAUUUCAUCGGUCAUGUGCUUUUUUCAGCUCUAUGUCUUCCACUCCUUGGGCAUGACUGAGUGCUACCUGCUGGGUGUCAUGGCGCUGGACCGCUAUCUUGCCAUCUGCUGCCCACUCCGCUAUCAUGCACUCAUGAGCAGACAGGUGCAAUUGUGGCUAGCUGGGGCCACUUGGUUGGCUGGUUUCUCAGCUGCACUGGUGCCAGCUAGCCUCACAGCAACUCUGCCCUUCUGCUUUAAGGAAGUGGCUCAUUAUUUUUGUGAUCUGGCACCUCUGAUGCAGUUGGCAUGUGUGGACACAGGCUGGCAUGCUCAGGUCCAUGGGGCAGUGAUUGGUGUGGCCACAGGGUGCAACUUUGUGCUCAUUUUGGGGCUCUAUGCAGGUAUCCUGAAAGCUGUGUUGAAGCUGCCCUCAGCUGCCAGCCGUGCCAAGGCCUUUUCCACCUGUUCCUCCCACGUGACUGUAGUGACACUGUUCUAUGCUUCUGCCUUCACAGUAUAUGUAGGCUCACCUGGGAGUCGACAGGAGGGCAUAGACAAGCUGAUUGCCUUGGUAUACGCCCUAUUCACACCUUUCCUCAAUCCCAUCAUCUAUACCCUUCGCAACAAAGAAGUGAAGGAGGCUGUGAAGAGGGUCACUGAUAAGAUCAGAAAUCUUUUGAGGAAAUCUUGA